AUGGAAGUGUCCAAUAGAGAGAUCAAGCGCAUUCUUGAGAAAAUGGUUAGGCCUGACAGGAAAGAUUGGUCUUUGAGACUUGAUGAUGCAUUAUGGGCCUAUCGUACUAUAUACAAGACUCCUAAUGGCAUGUCACCAUACCGCUUAGUGUUUGGCAAAACUUGCCACGUAUCGGUUGAGUUAGAGCACUGUGCUUAUUGGGCUAUUAAGAAGUUCAAUUUUGAUUUGGCAGAAGCAAGUGCCAAUCGUCAUCUCCAAAUCUCGGAGUUAGAUGAGUUGCGCAAUGAAGCAUCUGAGAGUGCACAAAUUUACAAAGCUAGGACCAAAGCAUUUCAUGAUAAACACAUUGUCUGCAAGUCUUUUGAACCCAAUCAGAAAGUGUGGCCUUUCAAUUCUAAAUUGUGCCUCUUUCCUGGUAAGCUGCGUUCUCAAUGGGAUGGUCCCUUUGUUGUCACCCAAGUAUCACCUCAUGGUGCUAUUACCAUUCAAAAUCCGCAAACAGGGCACACUUUUACAAUUAAUGGGCAGCGUGUGAAGCCCUAUGUGGAUGGUAUCACAGAUAGGCAGGUUAUUCAGUUUGUUGACUUGAUUAACCCAAUUUAUGAGUUUUCUUGUCAAACCUACCCCUGA